AUGCUCAUCAUCGAGGAUGCAGACUACGAAGAUGCUGUACAGCAGUUACGAUCAGCAGGCUUCCGGGACUGGGCCUGGUCGUACGGCUCCAUAGACCCCAAAUUAUACAAAGGGAGGUUACGGGAGGGUAUCUACCGUCGCAUCGUCCGCGAAUACAGCAACCUAGACCGGAACUCAACACGCUUCCUAUUCCCGCCAGACCGGCAGAACAUGGCAUCUCCUCCAGAACAGGAGUACACAGAAUUAUCUCCGGAGCAUCAGUACCCAACCAAAGUGGUUCUACUCCCAUCAUCGUUCACCCACAUUCGUAUCAAGUCGGCUCCGGACGGUGCGCUUACUCGCGACGGCAAUAUCCUCUACCCGGAUAGUUCCCUUCUCCUUCGAAGCUUCGUUCAAACACUAGUGCGGGAGCCCGUCGCGGGUACGUGGACGUCGAGUCUUUGCAUGUGGGCCAUCUCAUACGUGUAUGGGGAGCUCAUUCUUGAUGAUGAUGUCUUGGACUCGUGUGGUGACGAGGAGGCCAAGGCUUGGUUCAAUGAGCGCAUCCGGAGGUUCAGUGGUGGCAUAGACGGCGUCACAUGUACCAAGCGCCUGGGAAGAGUAGGCUACGAUGAAGCCCUGGCUAGAAGAGGACCAGCCUGA